AUAAAAUAACAAUUCUUUAAGCGCAUUGGCAUAUAACCUUCUGUCUGAAAUGAAGGUUUCUCAGUCUAUCAUCACUAUUAUCACUUUAGCAUUGGUCAUGCCCUUUGGCAAUGCUUAUGAUCCAAGUCCUCUCCAAGACUUCUGUGUGGCCGUUAAUAACCUCAAUAAUGGUGUCUUCGUGAAUGGUAAAUUCUGUAAGGAUCCGAAGCAAGCAAAGGCCGAAGACUUUUUCUACUCUGGCCUCAACAUGGCUGGCAACACCGAUAAUAAAGUCAAAUCCAACGUAACAACAGUGAAUGUUGAUCAGAUUCCAGGGCUAAACACUAUGGGAAUAUCCUUAGUUCGCAUAGACUAUGCGCCAUACGGCCAAAACCCACCCCACACGCACCCACGUGGCACUGAGAUCCUUGUCCUAAUCGAGGGAACAUUAUAUGUCGGUUUUGUCUCUUCCAAUCAAGACAAUAACCGUCUAUUCGCCAAAACUUUGCAUCCCGGGGAUGUGUUCGUGUUCCCAAUAGGAAUGAUCCAUUUUCAAGUGAACGUCGGAAAAACUCCUGCGGUGGCCUUUGCAGGAUUAAGUAGCCAGAACGCUGGUGUCAUCACUAUCGCAGAUACUGUGUUUGGAUCAAACCCUCCGAUUAAUCCAGAAGUUCUUGCUCAAGCGUUCCAGUUGGAUAUCAAUGUUGUCAAAGACCUUGAGGCAAAGUUUAAGAACUGAAUUUAAGUCAUUAAGAGUGUAUCGUUGUAACACUCAAAACAAUAAUGUAAUACGAAUUAAAAGUUAUACUACUUAAUAAAAAAAAAAAAUGGUGUUGUUCACCUAGUUUGAUA